CGCAUUUGGUGGCAAUCUGGCCGUACAAAUUCCUAACAUUUGAACAUUACUUAUGUCAUAAAAUGACCAUUCAUUUAUAAGAUCCACGAUUUUCAAUUUUUUUUUUUGUCAAACCCCACCAAAUCACCAUGAAACUUGGUUACACCCCCAUUUUCUCUUUCCUAAUUCUCUUCAUCGCCACCGUCUACGCCACCAGUGAAGGCGGCGAUCCAAUUUCCGGCAGAAUUGGCGAUGUGGGUUCAUCGUAUAUUCGAUUUCCAUCCCUUAAAUCAGUGUUUACUGCUGAAACAUGUGAACAGAGUUAUGGGUUUUUGCCAUGUACUACAACUGCGUUGGGAAAUUGUUUCUUGAUUUUAGUUUAUGGGUUUUUGAUGUAUACUGCUGCUACUUAUCUGUCUAAUGGAAGUGAACUUUUGUUGGAGAUUUUGGGUCCUGGUAUUAUUGGUGGGCUCUUUCUUCCUAUUCUUGGUGCUCUUCCAGAUGCCAUGCUCAUCCUUGUAUCUGGCCUUUCUGGAACUCCUGCAAUUGCUCAAGAUCAGGUUUCAGUUGGUAUGGGGUUGCUAGCUGGUUCGACAGUCAUGCUUCUUACAGUUAUAUGGGGUUCUUGUGUUUUGAUUGGCAAAUGUGACCUUGAGAAUAACCGUGCAAUUGAUGAACAGGAUACAAAAGGAUUUAGUUUACUAGGUUCUGGUGUUUCUACUGAUAUUUGGACUAGUUAUGCUGCAAGGAUCAUGGCUAUUUCUGUAUUGCCCUUUCUUGUCGUCCAAUUGCCUCAAGCUCUCAAUUCAAGUUCAGGAAGACAUUUGGCUGUGCUAAUUGGCCUCAUAUUAUCUCUUGUUAUGCUGCUUAGCUACUGUGCUUUUCAGGUUUUUCAACCUUGGAUGCAAGAGAGGAGGCUUGACUACGUCAAGCAUAAGCGUGUGCUGACAGGAUUUCUUAAACAUUUGAAAAAGCAUUCUCUUGGAAAACUUUGCAAUCCUGAUGGCACUCUUAACGACGAUGUUGUAAAGAAGGUUUUUAAGGCAAUUGACCGAGAUGAUAACGGGUUUCUCUCAAAAGGAGAACUUGGUGCAUUUGUUGUUGGGAUGAAUUUUAAAGGGGUGAGUGUGGGCGUGGGUGAAGAUGAUAUUGUAGAGAAAGUUAUGAAAGAAUUUGAUGUAGAGCGUCCGGAUGAUAGGAUUGAUCUAGAAGAGUUUACUAAGGGAAUCUCCAAGUUGCUUAAUAUUGUGAGAGGUGACAGGAUUUCCCAUAAUAAUGCUGACACAAUGAAGUAUUUAAAUGACUAUGAUGAGGAAGCCGAAAGAGAGCAUUUUCUGUUGGGUGAUUCUGGUGAAGAGGGUGGUGAAGUUGUUGAAAAUCCCAAGGCAACCACCAUCAAGGCAGUAAUAUUUCUUGUGCUUGGAACUAUUAUUGCUGGUGUCUUUGCAGAUCCAUUAGUUGAUGCUGUGGACAAUUUCUCUGAAGCAACUAGCAUUCCUUCUUUCUUUAUCUCGUUUAUUGCACUUCCUCUAGCAACCAACUCCAGUGAAGCUGUGUCAGCUAUUAUUUUUGCUACCAGGAAGAAGAAGAGAUCUGCAUCACUGACGUUUUCGGAGUUAUAUGGAGCAGCGACAAUGAACAACGUACUCUGUCUCUCAGUGUUUUUGGCUUUAGUUUAUGUGAGAGGAUUGACUUGGAACUUCUCCUCUGAAGUGCUCGUCAUAUUCCUUGUUUGCAUCAUUAUGGGUGGUCUUGGCAGCUUCCGCACUACAUUCCCUCUCUGGACAUGUUUUGUGGCCUUCCUUCUCUACCCAUUAUCACUGGUGCUUGUUUAUGUCCUUGAUUACGUCUUUGGUUGGUCAUAGAUCUGUACAUGACAAUCGAUCACUGAUCCUGAACAAUAGGUUUCCUUUUCCUUGUUACUAAACAUGCUCUUCUAUUAUUAGUAAGGGUUUCAUCUCUCCCUUCCCCUCUCUUUUGGCCUCUUUCCCUCACAUGUGUGCUUGAGGCGUCCUUGAUGUAAAAUGCGGCUUGAGUGAGGCAGUUAUCUUCUAUGCACACCCUCUCUUUGUACUAAUUACAUAUAUCUAUGUAUCUUUUCGAAACCUGAAGCUGAACCACAGUGUUUCUAGUC